CCGCUCUCGCCCCGAGGGGGGAACGCCGUCCCUGCGACGGGGGGAACGGGCUGGCAUUAAACCCCAGCACCGCCGCCAUGCAGCGCACUGACGGCUCGGCGCCGGCUCUGGGCUGAACGUUGGGAAGGCGCUUUGCUCGGCGGCGCAGCCGAGGCGAGGGGGAAGGUGCGGUGUUCUUACGGCCCCGCGGCAAAGGCGCCCGCCCCGAACCGCCGCGCUUUUUGAGGAGCCCUCCCCUGGCUCAGGGAAGAAGGAAUUCGGCGGGUGGGAAUCGGGAGGACGGAAAACGAGCCACAGGAGCAGGAGGAUGCCAGCAGCGGCAGAUGAAGAAACCGCCCGGUCCCUCUCCUGACGGGCUGCGACGUGCCAGCGCGGCGGCCGCUUCCUCGCCCCCCCAUUUUAAGCGAAAGGGGCGGGGGGAGUUCAAAGGCAUAAACAAGGAGCGCAGGACCUAAUUCCUCCCCCUCCCUCUUCCUCAAACUGGCUUGCCAGGGCUCGCCAAUAAACUCAGCUGGGCUAUGCAUCGCGAUGGGAACGCGCUGCCUGCCCCUCACUGAGGAGACUGGUGCCCAGGCUGCCAUCCCCUCACUGAGGGGGCUGAAGCCGCGGAGGCUGCCUGCCCACCGCUGAGGAGACAGCCGCCGCCGCCGCGGAGGUUGCCUUGCCCUCGCCGAGACAGCAGCGGCAGGAGCCGCCGCCGAGGCUGCCUUGCCCUCAUUGAGCCGACCGCCGCCGCUGCGUUAGUGGUGGAGAUUGUGCCGCUGCGACAGGGGAGGACGGGGCUCGGCGCGCAGGGAGGAGGCGCAGUGAGCAUGCGCCGCCCCGACCGCUGACUGGGUUCUCCGGCAAGGUACCCAGGCAAAAAAAAAAAAAAAAAAAGGGGGAAAAAAAAAGGAUUGAGAGAAAGAAGAAUGAAAGACGGCAGAGGAAAAUAAAAAAAAAAGGUUCUCGUAGAGGCCGCCAGGAUAAAGCAGCUCUGGGUCGGCGGGAAGGAGCACCGCUGGCAUGUGGGGAUCUCCGGCACCAACAGAUAUUUUGAUGGCAUGACAAAUCAGAAAGAAGAGGAUGUACUGUAUGACUAGACACAAGAUCAGUUCUGUUUGUGGAUUACAUUUUCAGUAAGAUGUAUGGAUCUAUUUUUUCCUUGUUCUUAUAUAUAGAUCAUGAGACUUGACUGAGGCAAUAUACAUAUCAUCCAUCCAUCUAUGGCGAACUACAGCCAUGCAGCUGACAACAUUUUACAAAAUCUCUCUCCUUUAACAGCUUUCCUGAAACUGACUUCACUGGGUUUCAUAAUAGGAGUCAGUGUGGUUGGUAACCUUCUGAUCUCCAUUUUGCUAGUCAAAGAUAAGACCUUGCAUAGAGCUCCUUACUACUUCCUGUUGGAUCUGUGCUGCUCAGAUAUCCUCAGAUCUGCAAUUUGUUUCCCAUUUGUUUUCACCUCUGUAAAAAAUGGCUCUACUUGGACAUAUGGGACUCUUACUUGCAAAGUGAUUGCCUUUUUGGGGGUUUUGUCCUGUUUUCACACUGCUUUCAUGUUAUUCUGCAUAAGCGUCACCAGAUACUUAGCUAUUGCCCACCACCGUUUUUAUACGAAAAGGCUGACCUUCUGGACUUGUUUGGCCGUUAUCUGUAUGGUGUGGACCCUCUCUGUAGCCAUGGCUUUCCCCCCAGUUUUAGACGUGGGCACCUACUCGUUCAUUAGGGAGGAAGACCAAUGCACUUUCCAGCAUCGUUCCUUCAGGGCUAACGAUUCCUUGGGAUUUAUGCUUCUUCUUGCCCUUAUCCUCCUAGCCACACAGCUUGUCUACCUCAAGCUGAUAUUUUUUGUUCACGAUCGCAGGAAAAUGAAGCCAGUCCAGUUUGUUGCAGCAGUGAGCCAGAACUGGACUUUUCAUGGUCCUGGAGCGAGUGGUCAAGCAGCUGCUAAUUGGCUGGCUGGAUUUGGAAGGGGUCCCACACCUCCAACCUUGUUGGGAAUCAGGCAAAACGCGAACACCACAGGCAGGAGAAGGCUACUGGUUUUAGAUGAGUUCAAAAUGGAGAAGAGAAUCAGCAGAAUGUUCUACAUCAUGACAUUCCUCUUUCUGACCUUGUGGGGUCCCUAUUUGGUAGCCUGUUACUGGAGAGUUUUUGCAAGAGGGCCUGUAGUACCAGGGGGAUUUCUAACGGCCGCUGUCUGGAUGAGUUUUGCCCAAGCUGGAAUCAAUCCUUUUGUCUGCAUUUUCUCCAACAGGGAGCUGAGGCGCUGUUUCAGCACAACCCUUCUUUACUGCAGAAAAUCCAGGUUACCAAGGGAACCUUACUGUGUUAUAUGAGGGAGCAUCUGUAAAUCUUUAGCCUUGUGAAACACUACCAUUCUCUGCUAAGCAAUUGUGGCCUGUAGCCAUGUCUCGAGAAGAAAAUCAAGAAUGGGAUGUCAGCAGUUGUAAGGAUUUGGGCAACAUUCUGCAGUCUUUGCAAUAGCUCACCUCUAAUCCUAUUUUAAACCUAAACAUGUUCCUGCUGACCACUGCUGAAGGUUUGUAAUUAAGAACAAAGGACUGAACUACUGCCCUGAAUUCCUUUAUGUGGUUGAAAUCUAGAUUAUGAAAGUAGCAGGUGCUAAGUAUCAGUGCUAAAUGCUGUGUAUAUCACUACAUAAAAUAAGACCAUCAAAAAGAUUAGCAUUGGACAUCUUAAUAAAUUAAGUUGAUAUGAGGUUAAUGUGUUGAUAAAACUAAUUUUAGACAUCUGAAGACCUUUAAAACAUUUCAUACAAUUCUUGUUUUGCAAAGACUGAAAACUGGGGACUCAAGUACUGUAACUGAUUAAAGAUGUGCCAUGCAUUAUUGGAUUAUCACACUUACAAAUCUGUUUGCCUUGUGAGUAAGUUUUGGGGAGCAUUCCAAAGCAGUAUUUUUGUUCAGAUUUAGACUUUACUUUUUUUUUUUUUUCCAAAUAUAUUACUCUUUCUAAAUACCAUUUUCCUUAACAGUGAAAUUACUAACAUUUAACUGUAAUCUGUGGUUUUUGCCGAUUUGGUAUAAAGUUUAAUAGACUCUUAUUUAUAUUUUUUAAAAAGCUAGAUAUCAGUCUGUUAGGCAACGUUAAUGAUAAUAUCCAGUCAUAAUUGAACAGUUAUAAUUAUACAGAAUAAACACAUGUUGCCUUAAAGGGUUAUCUAGUAUCUUCCAUUUUGUUUAGCAUUGAUGCAAAUAAGCAAGGAAAAUUGAAUCAAUAACUCUGGUCAGUCAUUUGGGAGUGCAUGAAAGAUCACUUAGUCCUCUUUUUUCCUUUUUACUCCAAUGGUUCCCAAAAUCAGUAUGCACAUCACUGGGAUGAUAUGAUUUUUUUCUAGGUGUGUCGCCCUUUCUAGUUUGUUCUGAGAAACACAGGCAGUUGAUGUAUGUUUAUAUUUUAAGACAGCUGUCAUGGGGAGACCGCAGCCUUAGUAUGAUAUCUUGCACAAUUUGUGAAGCAUUUAUUCUACUGAAGGCACAGUCUUGUUUAUAUUUUCUGCACAUUUUGGUGUAUUGGUUGUUUUAAAUUAUUUAAGUUUUAACUUGUGAAAGCAUAUAAUAUGAUUUCUUAGUAUUUUAGAAAUACAUUAGAGUCUGUGAGUCUUUCCUUCUUUAAGAUACAGAUGUGUGGAUUUCAAUAUAAAGUUGCAUUUGCCAAAAUUUACCUGUGUAGCUUGUUAAUUUUCUUGGAAUAAAAUUUUACAUUUUUCCAGUUAUACAAUUAACCUUUUUUAUUUUGUCUAGUGAGCUAGCAUGAAGUACUGAGAAUGUAGCCAUUAUGAAUUAUUAUCCUUUCCAGUCACUGUAUUCCCAAACUGUAAAUGCAUGAAUGAUGGGGACCACAGGAUUGAUAAAUGAUAUUAUCUACAGUAGCACUAUUGUGUAGUUUAUCAUAAUUACCCAUCUAUCUGUUCUAAUAUGUCAGUUAUAUUUAAAGUUACAACACAGUAUUUGACAUUAACUUCACAGUUUAAUUUUGGAAAAUGUGUAUAUUUGAAGCACAACAUCAUGAGUUGGUCAAUCAUAAAGAACACGGAUUUUUCUUAAUUUUUGGAGAGACAAGACUAGAGGUGUUAAUUCAGUAUUGGUAUAUCUUGUCCUUUGUUGUAGUUUUAUGACCAGCAAGUUAAUAUAUACAUACACAAGCAGCAGUCAAUAAUGGAAAUGCUUAAAUUUGUAUGAUAACAUUAUACAACAUAUGCAACAAUUCAGAGAGUUGUGUCUAUAUGUGAUCAGACAACUUGAUCAAAGAUUUAGUGAGCAAUCUGUUUGACCUCACUUACACUUUUAUACUGAGGUUGAUUGGUUGAGAGGCAUGGCUUUAUAUACUGUGUUGAAACAGAAAAAUUGCUAAAAUAAUGAGUCCUUAUGAGUACAAGAAUGUUUCAGAACGUAAUUUGAAACAGGACCAAUAAACCUCUACCAAAAGGACUUUCUUAUUACACCGAAAAAGGCUUUGAAAUUAAGGUAGUUAAGCAAUUGUCAAAGAUAGCAAGAGUGAAUAAAAACUGAAUCGUAUGUUGAGAAAAAUUCUGAAAGUUAUCCCACUUAAGUUUAUUAAAAGGUUGAUUGGCAAUAACUUCAGUCUAAUUUCUAUAAAAUAGUAACCUUUACAAGGAACAUUGAUAUUACAUAUUGUAAUAAAGAAGUACAUAUAAAUAAAGUUGUAAAUAGUGUUAUAGUUGUAGAAGUAGUCGGUUCUGAAGAUUAGCCAGAAAAUUUUCAACUAUGAAAUUACAAAAGCUGCAAAUUUGGGGCCUGACCUAACUCCUAAUAAAGUCAGUUGGUGUUUUCCCAUUAACUUCAUUUGGAGCAGAAGCAGGCCCUAACAUUUCUAUAGUACUAUGCUUCUGAAAUACUAAGAAGGCUGUAUUUACUAUGCAGUGGGAAAAGAAAAAAAAAUUAAAAAAGAACAAUUUAAAAUUAUUUCCCUGGAAGUUUUGCAAGCAGUAACUGAUGUAAAUUAAAAUAAUAAACAGUAAACAAGUCUGAAAGCAAAUAUUUUGCUAAAUGUUUUUCUUUUGAUAUGAAUACAAUUCCUUUGUCUAACUGAAAAAUAUGCAAUUGUAUUACCACCUGACAGAGGAGGCGUACUUUUUUUAAGUGAUUUUUUUAUAAUUGUUCCAGUAAGAAGUCUUGUGACAGAAGUAUUUCCUUUUAUUUUCUCCAGUGUUAAAAGAACAAGGGGAUGUUCGGUGAAAUUAAAAGGCAACAUAUGAAGUAGCAUUUUAUGCAAAGUUAUUACUCAGUGAAACUCACUGGCACAGGGUGUCAAGUAGGUUAGAGAGAUUCCUACACGAAUUAUAUGUGUACAUGAAUUAAAGCAGAGCUUGCAGUUUUUGUCAUCGAUACCAUUUUGAUCCUAGUCAGUAUAUCAAACCUAAUGUGUUAGGAUAUAAAUUCAAAGGAGCAAGAAAGUGUAUUCCAAUUCAGUACACUGUUGUGUCACAGUAUGGAAAGCCUUUUGCUUUCAUUUAGUACAGGAGUUAUGCUGUUGCCAAAGCUAGAAUACAGGGCUGGUAGGUUACUCUUCUUUCACAAUAGCAAAGAAUAUCACACUACUUUGUAUCUGCAUUGAUCUUUACUGCUUAUGGCUAAUGUGAAGUUAGUAGUUUUAAUUUUCCUCGUGGCAAAAAAAAAAAAAAGAGUAAGAACAGAUUCUCUGGAGAAAAGGCUGUCUACUCAUGUUGCUUUCCUGCCCUCUGUUGCCCCACUGGCUCUUUGGCAGCCUCUCCAUUGGUCCUUCUUCAAGAUUAAAUGUUUCAUGUACCAAGUUUUGUAUUAUUUCCCCUGCUCCUUAAGAAAUGUCUCAGCCAUCCCUCCUCCACAGUAGAUUAGCUCCUGCAGCAGGUUCCCAAGGUUUGUCUGUGUCUGAGUUGCCUUCCUGAAGACAGAGACAGACUGCCAGUUCCUUCCAGCUGCCUUUGUGGCACAUGGGGUUGUCAUUCCAUGACACUUGGCUGGUGCACUGGAUAUCUCUGGCUUUUGGCUUUGGUCAUGAAGUAGGUGCUCUAGGUUAUGUGGAGAAAAAUGAGAAUGGGGAGGGGGCAGCAGGAAACAAUGGCCCCUCUCCCAACUCCUCCAUAAAGAAACCACUGUUAUUGCUGCAUUGCCCAAUAACAUAUGAUUGUUUUAAAGCAUAUUUGGUGCUAAUGACCCUGUAAAUGAAUAAAAUGUACGGUUAGCAAAUUAAUGCAAGGUUUUUGGUAUAGCCACUAAAUAUUAUUACAAAAUGGCUUUCCUUCAGUCUCUAGGCCUUGGGAGUCCGCUGUAUCUAUCUCCUUUUAGGUGCAUUGGGUUUGUUCACUUGUAUUGUCUUUGCUUUGCCUUUCAAGCUGUGAAUAUUUUACUUAUAUUAAUAGAAGUCCAGCACUGCAGCAAGCUGUUAUUACUCAUGGGUUUGAAAAAUAAUAUAAAAGGGAAUUCUGAUGAUUUUUGAGGUGAAUUAAAGAGGUAUUUUGACAAACAAUUGUUUUUUAGCAAAUCUGGAAUAAAAUUAUGGGUUGCUGAGCUCUUUCAUAGUUACGCAGUCAGUUCUCAUUUAUUGAAAAUAGAAAUGGAGUAGACUAACCCGCAUAAAGCUAAAACAUAGGUAAUGCAAAGCGUAUGCACAUUAGAUACAAACUUCCUGUGUUUAUUACAUUUAUCGAGGAAUGAAGUUAAGCUGAAGUAAAAAGUGAGAUCAGAAAUUCAAAGAAAAAGGGUGGGUGUUUUUCCUUUUUUUCUGCUUUGUUUUAGCAUAGCACUGCUAAUCUGCAACCUGGGUUACACACCCACAGACAAGUGAGAGUUGACUGUACAAUUCUGCAUAUCACAUAGACAACUUCCUUCUAGUUUACAUUCAUUGAGAGCUGUAUAGGUGCAGACUACUAAUCUGAUUAACUUUUCAGAGAAAAGAGAAGGCUCAGUCUGAGAUACUGUUCUUCAGAACUAAAAUUCAAUAUAUGCUCUCUGCUUUUGUUUACUGAAGUGAUUUUUUUUAGUGUGAAUAAAUCAGUGAUCUAAAUCAGUAAUGAUCAUAAGCAUUCUCUGGCCACGACCAUUAACAACAGGACAAGAGCGCAUAUGCCAGCAACAAAUCAAAGUUUGAUAUUAGACACCAUGACUUUCCUUGAGUGGCCUGAAAAUAGCUCAUGCUUUAUACUUAGAAAAAAAUACGAUGAGGCUGGCCAUUUAAAUGGAUAAAAUCUUUAACUAGCCAGCAUGGAAAAAGAGGGGUGAAUUUUAAAGAUUGCUCAUUAUAAAUAGUGAAGAGGUUUUAUGAUGUUUUUUAUUUGGCUGAACUGUGUAAAUACUUAAGUAUAUGAUGAUCAAAGGAGUGCCACAGUAAAUAAGUUAGAUUUUUUAGUAGUCUAAAAAGGAAAUAAGUAACAAUGAUCUUCAGCAAUUUGAAAUAAAAUAGUUGCGGUCAUACACAUGUUUCGUAAAAUUUAGAUAACAAAACAAUUAUUGACAUUUUCAGUACUUAGUGGGUUUAUGUACUUUAAUGUAUUUAAAGAACAAUGUCUUUAGACAGUGAAUUGGCUGAUGCAGCCCACUGAGGGACUUGUUCUUCACAUCACAGUUUUCAUACUAUGCUUUGUAUUUAAUAAGCACAAGAGAUACAAAACCAAAGUUCAUCUGAUAUAAUCUUCAAUGAACUCUGCAUUAGCUACUACAAAACUUCUCCAAAUAUUAGGUAAAUUACUGUCUCCAGACAUUAUUCAAAAUUAUCCCUGUGAUAAUUCAUGGAAAGUCUACUUCACCUUUGUUAAAGAGCCAUCUAGUUAAAGAUGUGUAUUUUUUUUCAUCCUUGUAUUGUUUGGCUAAGACAAAUUCUGCCGUAAUGUGGAGUUAAAAAUUCCAAGUAUGACAUUUGAAUUUCAAUUAUUAUGCUACCUAUAUGUGACAUUGUUGUAGUCACAUUUUAAAUCGACCCAUAAAGUUUAUGGUUUAAGAAUGUAAAUAAUCACUUAUGAUGAAAAAAAAACCCCAACAGUCACAUGCUUCCAGUUCAUUCUUUGUCUUAUUUCCGUGGAAUGUUAAAGUUUUAAUUUUAGGAAUGCAAAAGCAAACUCUGAAAAACAAGUAUGUUGGAGGGGAGAGAAAGAAUAGCCAGAAAUACAUCCAUUAAUGUUAUCUUUGAAAUGAAGAAGGUUAUCAUAUAUGCAUUGCAUUUUUUGCAUGGUUAUAAUCUAUCAGCUUGCCUACUUUUCGCCAGUGUAUAUAUGUGGUAUAGAUAUGAUUCUCAUGCCACCAUUAAUUACAGCAUUUCCUGAGCCCUUUUAUUUUCAUUCUGUACCAUCAAGCUCAGACAUGCGAACUUCCUUAUGCAAAUUGAAGAAAUUGCUAAAAAUAAAAAGUUUUGCACUAUAAUAAUCUUGGCGGAUCAGGUCCUUGAGGUAGUUUAGGACUGUGGCACAGAUACUUGAUAACUACUGUGGGCAGCAUGUUGGAGGAUAUAACAAAGUUUUCACCCAUGUUUAUGAGACAGUUAAAAUCCUGCUCUAGUCUUAUAGUGACUAAAGUCCCACGUCUUGUGGAACUGGCUCACCAUGGGCCUGUGACCCACUUCAUCUUGAGUUUAAGUAGGAUUUUGGUUGUGCGUACCCUGAGUACUAACGAGUGAAAUUCAGCAGUAAGCAGAGAUAAGAAGUGCCUAGACAACAUUCAUAGGCUACAGACAGUUGAUACGUGCUUGUCUUCUCAAAAUAGAAGAAGUACAGAAGAAGCAGAGGCCCAGAGGUAAAAGUUUUUUGUGUGCUGGUUAUUAUUUCAUGCCCUGUUGGCCCCUCAGAAGUGACUGAGAAGAUCAGUUUUAUUCUUGAUUUUGGUUUUUUUGGAAAAAAUGCAUGCCAUCUCAGCUACUCCAUUCCAUCCCACCCAUUACCAGUUGAGCAUUUCAUUUUAUGCUUAACAAAUUUUGUAUAUUUUUUAAAAUACAUAUUUAAUAGUAAAACAUAUUUGUAGCUUUGCACUGAUUAUGGAGAUAUAUAUCAGUGUAUGUUCUUGCUCAUUUCCAUAAGCAUUUCCUGUGUUACAGACACACAAAUCCUAUUUUUGAAAUUAAGGCAGUCUACAAUUAUGUGUUUCCUGAAUUCUCUGUGAAGGCCCUUAAGCUUUGGAAAUUUCUCCAAUUUGAUCCAAAACACUCGAUGCAGAUUAUUAGGGCACACCACAGGGAACAGUUGAUUUCUGUGACUGCAGGACUGUUUGGACAUCAUGAAGACUGGAAAUAUAUAUUUAGCUCCUGUAUAAUAAUUUAUGGUCAUGACUGGGCAAUAGAAUUGAUAGUGGUGGGACUGCUAGAAUAGGAUAUUUUGGUAACUGCAACUUUAAAUUACAUCGUAAGAAAUCUAGCACAAAGGAGAAAUGCUCCUUUUGUAAGAUGAUUAUGUAAAUUGAAAGUAAACACACACACAAAUGAGUACAGUUCUAUAGGAUUUUGAUUAACGUAUUUAGUCAUAGCUAUAGCAAGAUGGGCAUAAAGCAGAAAAAGAGAAAGUAGCACACCAUUUGAUAUGUAAUCCUUGUAAUUUUGGCUCGAUUCCUGCAAUUCCUACUCAAGGAAAAUUUUCCUUCUCUUUUGUGGAAAUGCGUCUCAAUAAAGACUAUAAGAUCUUGAUAAUUUAUAUAAGUGUUUAUGUUUUUUACUUGACCAGUUCUCAGUGAGAGCAUGAGGUAGCAGGACUUUAAAUGUAAUUUCUGUCAUAGUCUAUGUGCAAAACCAAUCUUUUGAUUGGUUUCAAGAGGGAGUAUAUACACAUAUAUAGAGAGACUUUUCUUAGACUCUCCAAAAUAAUGUAGUGUAGUUGAUACCAAGUAGGUACAGCUUAAGCCCUGGUGGAGGGCAUGGAAUAUCACACUUAAGAGUAUGAUAAGCGAGUGUAAAAUCAGAUGCAAGGAAGGCGAGGAAGCUAUUUAUUAAUAGCUUCGUGUGCUAAUAGUUGUAAAAAAUGCUUUUGGACUCAUUUGUAAACCUCCUUGUAAAUUCGUAAGUGGUGGUAAGGGCAUCUGCAGUAAGCUGGGGCGUAGUGCUGCAGCUGAGUCCUUAUCCCCACUUCUUUACAUGGGGGCAGACUGGAAGCAAUACAGAUUAUAGGCUGGUUCCUGGCCCUAGCACCUUGUAUGGUAGUAAUAUUCACUAAACUCAGCAGCCCAAGGAUUUACUCCAGAUGGAUUAUUUGGUCACAAAUUUUUGAAACUUGUUUUUCAUUCAGUGUUUUCUGUGUGUAGUUUUUGUACUUAGUAGGUGGAAAGAAGUGUAUGUAAAGGGAAUGAAUGGGUUGAGCAAAUCCGCUUCAGCCCAAACUUUGUAUGAGGAAUUUCAUGAGGAUGGAGAUAGGUGUGUAAGCCCCUCACAGUUUUACCACAUCUCUCAGACACUGUUGUACAACGGGCUCAAACGGUCUGCCCCAGUCAGCACUCAAUACUCUUUCCAAUGUAAAUCUCCAGGAAGACAGGCACCAGUGUUUGUGGAGACUCUUCCAUAUAGAUGACCUUCCUCUAAGAGACAUAUUGUCACAAAAGCUGAGAUUUGUUGUAUUCUUUUAUAUUGGAGAAAACUAUUAAUUUUGUAUCUUUUGUAUUAAAAGUUCAUGUUAAAUUUGCUUCUUAGCAUACUAAUUUAAAGGCCCGUUGUCCCCUCCCAACCAGGAGGACCACCAGUCUAACUAGUAAACACAGUAUCGGUGAGAAUAUUAUGAUCCUUUGUCAUCAGUUAAGUAAAUGUUGAUACAAUAACAACUAUUGCAAUAUUUGAUUAUAUGAAACCCCUGAAGGGGUUAAUUUCCUGCUUUGACAUUUUCCUUAUGCAAAUAUCCUCAUUCCAUUUCAUGCAAGACAGGUUUGGCAAAUGUGGAUGCUUUGGGUGGUAUUGACAUCUAAGUUAUGCCAUCUAAGGACAAGUGCUGGCUGCUAAAUAAUUUAUUCGUUUAAAGUUCAGAAGAGACUCUGUAAAACUAGCUACCACAAAAAAACAAGCAAUGUUUUCUUAAGUCAUAUAUGUGAUCCAUUAAACAUUGUGUUUGGUACCUGGGUACUGUCAGACUUAGCGUUCAAACCUAAUACAGAAUUAGAAACCAAGC